UGUUCUUCUUGAACCGCAUUGAUGGUUGAUCACAACAUCCAUUCACUUUGGAUGGUGGGAUGGAAACCUUGUGCAUAUACUACUAUUACAUGGUUACCACCAGGUAAAGUUGCUUUUUCACUGAAAACUCCUGUACAAGGAAAACCAACUGUUAUUCUUCACCACCAACCAAGAAAAUCCUCGCCUAUCAACUUGUACAACUGUUCCAAUCAAAGUACGUCGUUUGACAACUCGGAGACCAACAAAGUAUAUCGAUUCGGAGCUUGGUUAGAUGAACAUAUUGCUGGAGACGCAUUACUGCAGUGUGAACGUAAUUGUCACAUACCCACCGAUUCCACCGUCACUAGGCAACAACAAGCCUAUUCCUUUUUCUGUUGUGGAGUAAAAGAAUUCGACGUGGGUUGUUAUGACGCAGCAGCCAACUGGUUCCAUAAAGCUACCGUAUACGGUGACCCAAGUUCCAGAACAGGUGGUCAGUAUCAACUGUGGACAGCACAAGCUUUACACGCCGCCGGAAAGCGCGAUACAGCAAAAAACGCAUUACAAAAGUUGAAGUAUCACAAAGACCGGGAUGUGAGAAAAGCUAGUCAACAGCUUUUAUAUAUUUUAGGUGCUCCACAGUUAAAAUUGGAUGCUUCCCAUUUUAUUUAUAUAGCAACUGCAAAAGUACCCGUCACCAAGAAUAGAGAGAAGAAAGUUGCUACUCACCCGGGGACUUACAAUUGUGUUGACUUCGUUAAGGAUAACUAUGCAUUUGUUCAAAAGACACCUGAAAAAUAUAGUUUGGAGUGGUUCGUUCAAAAAGAACCACCUCCACACAGCGUUAGUCGUAUGAAUACCAACCUCGUUUUGACUUUGGCAACCACGAUCAUCGUCAGUAUGCUCGUUUUCUUUUAUCAUAGUUGACUGGGCUAUUAAAGUAGUAAGAGAAGAUUUGACGACCGUGAAAAGAAGAAAAGUAUCAUUAGGGAGGGAGUUUUGUAAGAUAUAAAGUCUCAUUCAGACAGAGACUCGGAAUUUUCUUUGCCUUAAAAAAGGUGAAUCU